GAAUGUGUGUGCGCAGUAUUAUGUGUACAUGUUGUACACUAUUAUAGCGUGUACGACGUGAUGUACGUGUAAAAAAGAACAUGUUCGUACCGACUUUUUGUACCAUACAUUUUGAUUGAUGAAAAGGCAAGUGUCGACCGUCAUGUUUAUGAGACAUUCGUCGACAUUUUAUUGUGGAUGAAUUCGACCCUCUGAAUAUAUUCUUCAAUGCUGUAACAAGGAAGGACGAGCUCGACAUGAACAUGAUACCGGGCUGGGACACCAGCGAGGUGACCAUCAAGGGGACCAUCGGGAUCUGCGCCAUGGCCAAGAAGUCUAGCUCCAAGCCCAUGCGAGAGAUUCUCACCCGACUGGAGAUUUUUGAACACAUUGAGAUCAUCAUCUUCAAGGAGGAGGUCAUCUUGAACGACCCGGUGGAAGAGUGGCCCAUCUGCGAUUGUUUGGUCUCGUUUUUCUCGCAGGGUUUUCCACUGGAGAAGGCUAUUGACUAUGCCAAGCUGCGGAAGCCGUUGGUGAUUAACGACCUGGAAGCACAGUAUAACCUUCUUGAUAGGAGGAAAGUGUACAGAAUUUUAUAUGAGCAAGGGAUUGCUGCGCCUCGCUUUGUCUUCUUCGACCGGGACAAAGAGAAUGCUGAGAAUAUGAUCAAUGAGUCUGACGACCAGAUAGAGAUCUGUGGUCAUGUCUUCCAAAAACCAUUUGUUGAGAAACCGGUGUCGGCAGAGGAUCACAAUAUCUACAUCUACUACCCCUCGUCAGCCGGUGGUGGCAGUCAGAGGUUGUUUAGAAAGAUUGGAAGUCGCAGUAGUUUUUACUCCCAAGUGAACGUGCUGCGGCAAAAAGGUUCCUACAUCUAUGAAGAAUUCAUGCCCACAGAUGGAACCGAUGUCAAGGUGUACACAGUGGGACCAGACUACGCCCAUGCUGAGGCCAGGAAGUCACCUGCCCUUGAUGGGAAGGUGGAGAGGGACAGUGAAGGAAAAGAAGUCAGGUACCCAGUCAUCCUUAGCAACCAUGAGAAACUUAUCGCACGGAAGGUCUGCCUGGCCUUCAAGCAAUCUGUGUGUGGUUUUGAUUUGUUGAGAGCCAAUGGUAAAUCCUACGUGUGUGACGUAAACGGAUUCAGCUUCGUCAAGAAUUCAAAGAAGUACUACGAUGACUGUGCCAAAAUACUAGGGAAUCUUGUGAUGAGAGAAUUGGCUCCCAAGUAUAACAUCCCUUGGCAGAUGUUUACAAUGGAGGAAGAGAUACCCUACGUCCCGACUACAUCUGGAACUGUGAUGGAACUACGUUGUGUGAUAGCUGUUAUUCGUCAUGGCGACCGUACACCAAAACAAAAAAUGAAGAUGGAGGUUAAACACCCUAAGUUUUUCAAAGUAUUUGAGAAGUACGGCGGCUUUGACAAAGGCAAGAUCAAACUGAAACGUCCCAAGCAGCUACAGGAAGUAUUAGACGUGGCUAGGUAUCUACUGGAAGAGCUAAAGAGACAGAAACAUCGUGUCAGAUUGGAGAUAGAGGAGAGGCAGUCCAAACUGGAACAACUCAAGGCCGUCUUGGAGAUGUAUGGCCACUUCUCAGGCAUCAACCGCAAGGUGCAGUUUAAAUAUCAACCCCAUGGCCAGCCACGACACUCCAGUAGCGAAGAAGCAUCCUCAGUGUUUAUGCUUCUGGCUCGAAACUCUCUGCCAAACCUCUUCCAUGGGCCUUCACGAAGACGUCGUCCAUCUUUUAAAUCUGAUUGUAAAGCGGAUCCUUCCCUGUUGCUGAUUUUGAAGUGGGGUGGUGAGCUGACGCCAGCUGGGCGUGAUCAGGCUGAGGAACUGGGUAGAGCCUUCCGCUGUAUAUACCCUGGUGGACAAGGGGAGUAUGCCGGGUUCCCUGGUUGUGGGUUACUGCGUCUUCAUAGCACUUACCGUCACGAUCUUAAAAUAUAUGCAUCGGAUGAAGGGCGGGUACAGAUGACUGCUGCAGCAUUUACAAAGGGUAUGUUGGCCUUAGAGGGUGAGCUUACCCCUAUCCUGGUGCAGAUGGUGAAGAGUGCCAACACUAAUGGCUUGCUAGAUCAUGAGAAAGACUCUGUCACGCUGCAAGGAAAAGUGAAGGAGAUGUUGUAUGAACGAUUCCGGAAGAAAGAUAAUUUCACUGAAGAGGAUAAAAAGGAGCUAUCUCCAACUGGCAGUAGGUCGCUGCAGCACUCCUUGUCAUGCAUUGAGAAUCCAACAGAGAUGUGUGUGAAGAUUUAUAACUUGAUGAAGCGUAUGACCAAGCAAAUCAGACAGUGCUUAGAGGACGAAAAAUCACGUGAAGAGAUGAUGUUAUACCACAACGAGUCGUUGGAUCUGAUGCUGCGACGAUGGGCCAAGCUAGAGAAGGACUUCAAGACGAAACUGGGCGUGUUUGAUAUCACCAAGAUACCUGAUAUCUACGACUGCAUCAAGUACGAUCUCUUACACAAUGAGAAGAUAAUCAGCUCCUUAGGGUUUACCGAGAUGGGUAAUCUCUACCUAGGAGCUCAGCUAUUGGCCGAUGUUAUAAUACCACAGGAAUACGGCAUCACUGCAGAAGAGAAACUGGAGAUCGGCACAAGCAUCUGUACACCCCUACUCCGUAAGAUCAGAGCAGACCUCCAACGUAUCAACAGCGAGGAGGAAACGACAUUCAGACUGAAUCCCAAAUACUCCAAGGGGGUUUUGUCUCCAGACAGGCACGUCAGGACUAGGCUGUACUUCACUAGUGAGAGUCAUAUCCACUCCCUUCUGUCCUGCCUCAGAUACGGCAAUCUUUGCAGUGAGAUGAGUGACUCCCAGUGGGCCCGUGCAAUGCAAUACCUAGGUGAAGUCAAAGAACUAAACUACAUGACACAGAUUGUUCUCAUGCUGUAUGAAGACCCUAGUAAAGAACCGAUGUCCGAUGAACGUUUCCGGGUGGAGCUCCACUUUAGCCCUGGGGCCAAGGGCUGCGACUUUGACAGUCUUCCUACAUUCGGUGGUUACCGAUCUGUCUCUAAGGAUGGAGACAUGUCACCAACGGACCAACUUUCUGAAAACGACGAGGACUCCACAUUCAGCAAUAUCACGACCACCAGCGACAGUCCGCAGUGCACCGCCACCAGCGACGACUUCACCCCGACGUCAUCCCAGACAGCCCUGGACCAGGACAGUUGGAAGGGAGGGAGUACGUCCACUGGGGAUCUGGAUGCCAGGAUGGAAGCCCCCAGCAUGAGAGUCGGCAUCAGUAUUAAAGAGAGUAGUCGACCCAGUUCUGGCCCUGCGUCUAUUCCGUCCAGGGCAAGCUUCAAUACACUGACGGAUAUAGCGGAGCAUGAUGAUUCAUUAUCAAAGGACCAUCAGCCAGACAAGGGGUUACUGGGGGUCCAUAGUGCUCCAAACCUCCGCCAAGCUGACAAGGAGAAUCCAGGUGAUGCUAACUGGGUCGUCAGUCAGGAAGAGCUGCUUCGGAGAGCCUCGCAUUUCUCUGCACAAGGUAUCCCACUCGAUCACCAAAUGCAAGUACCGUCCAUCUUACCUCUAGAGACGCUACACAAUUGCCUCUCCCUCAAACAGAUUGACCAUUUCUUGGAACGCUUUACGCAGAAUGGUGCCAUGACUCCAGAGAGCACCACCCCACGCCAAUCCUACCAACUCAAUACCUUCACCCCACGGAGGGUACUCCCUACGCCGUUGUCGUUUGGUCGCGAAUCGGACGGCUCCCUCUACAGUCGAUCCACAAGCAAUCCGUCUUCCAAUACAUCGAGCGCGCUCCCCUCCCCGACGGAGAACAACUCGCAGCAUUUUGAUUUCAUGGAGUUCAUGGAUAAGGUGAAGAGAAAAGACAGUUUGGGUAAGGCGAACAGAGGGAACAGUCUCUCGGAUCAGUUGCCGGAUGGUUACGUGGCCGAGGACGAAAGCCAGGACGGCUUGCUGCCAAGGAGUAGACAGCAGAGCCGCGGUUCAAACUGCCUGGAUGAGCCAAUGGAAACUGAGACUCUUUUAACACCUAAGGGUCUGGCGAAGAAGAGAGUACAUGAAGGGCUGACGGUUGAUACCAGGCAGGGAGACAGUAUGGACGCAGACAUGCAAGAUUUACAGACGCCUACAAACAUCUGAAGAGUUGGAACACGUCGAUGGAUACCUGGAAAUGAUCACCAUAGUCCAGUGGUUAGACAGUGGUUAGACCAGUGGUCACAAGCUAGCUGUUAUUUCAUAAUUUCAUGCGACUAGAAUAAGUUUUGUCGUCUAGUUACUGAAUAAAAAUUUCUUGAUUUGUGCAAUUCAUAAUCAUUGUUUGUUUGAUUGAGAUUGGCUGUUGCCAGCUUGGUGUUUAUAUCCCCUUGAGGGAGUUUUGGCGAAUAAUCAUCGAAACAAACAAACAAAUGGAUCUAAUGCAGUGGCUUGCUCUGUUUACACCUGUACUUUAAUAGCAAUGUGUUGUGCAGUGCUUCAAGACUGUUUGAAAAUGUAGUUUUCAGUGGCGACAGUUUCAUCGCCCCUCCUCCCCAAUUCCCACCUGUUCCCCCCCCCCCUGAUUGCCAAAAUUUAAUUUUACCCCAAUUAAUUUACUCCCCCCCCUCCUUAACUUUAAGCCUGCCCUCUUUUUCCCCCUACCACCCUGUUUUUUUUAAUAUAGAUCUUGCACUGCCAUUGUCACUGCGGCUGUCAAAAGUUCGUUUAGACAAUUUCCUCCUUGCAACAUGGUCAUAUGGCAUGGGUGACUAGUGUAUAAAAGCACUUGCCGCUCAACAUUGUGGCCCUGGUUGAAUUUAGAGUUGGGCCAGUAGAACUCACAGCCUUGUGUUUCAUCAAUUAAAUAAAUAUAGUUCGCUGCGUACUAUAUUAUGAUGUUCAAAUGUUGACUUUGAGUCUGAUACAUAAAAUACUUUACAAUACUCUGGCUAUACCAUCAAUAGGUAACUGUUUAUAAAAGAGUACAUUCUGACGUCCUGUGUGUCUAAUUUCUGUUUUUUGGUGUCCUCUUAUAACAUAUAACAAUGUUCCUGUUGUAUAGAGGUAAUUCUACCAGCCCCAGUGAUCUUUUUAUAACGGAAGUGGACUGUAGUAGUGUUUUGUCUUCCAUAAUCAAUAGAGUUCUUGGAAUUGAAAUUUCUGAAAUAGAGAUGCGAUGUGAUAGGAUAUGAAUCUUGAUUAUAAACUGACCUUAGAUUGAAAACCUGUGGCUUGAACAAAGACGUGUAUUCAGUUGUUUAAGAGUUAUUCCGAGUUGAUUAUUUUGCUUGAAAAUUGAAUAAAUUAAUUUUAACCAUUGAUACAGGCUGAACUCCCAAAAAAGAAAAUUGUGUUUUUGUGAUAAAAAGUUGUUUUCAAGUAUAAAGGUUUUUAAGUUUAAUGUUGAAUAAUCUGUAUUUUUAGCUGGCAAAAAAAGGUUUAUAUGUGGAAUGUUGUUAUGUCAUAACUUUCCAACCAAGCUAUUGAUUUAAAAAAAAUUAACAGAGAAAAUAAUUUAAGGUUAUGCCAGUACAGUACUUGAUGCUGUUUCAGCUUAUCAUAGGCGAUAACAUGUUAAAAAAUAUAUGUAAAUUUCUUUUGCAUAUUCAUCAAAUUACUAUAAACAUGAAUUCUCGGACAUCUUUCAUUUUAGGAAACAUGUCAUAGAAUUAUUUAUUAAUUAGUUGUAUUGGUCACAAAAUUUAUCCACGAUGUUAUGACGAACUGUUGGGGGGGGGGGGGACUUUUGUUGAUGUUUUUAUGUCAAACACUCUUCAAAAUUGUGCAUCUUUCUGUUUAUAUUGAAGUUUAAACAUGCCCAUUCUCUGCUAAAAUACAGAUGAUGUUUCUUUCACUUAAUAAAAUGUGUAUAUUUAUUAUAUUUCACAAAAGAACAUUAUGGAAAUGAAAUAUUUGGACAAAUAGAGGUGCUAUUGGAAUGAAGGAUUUUAAAAAUUGUUGUUUUAAAUAUGUACAGUGCAAAGUAAAAUCAGUGUAGAUAUAAUAAAUUUGUUG